CCUGGACUCUUGGCACAGGUUGUGCUGAAUCAUGGGAUAUGGAACAAAGCGUGGCUGGGCGAAAACUGACAACUAAUGAAAUAACUUUGUGGGGUAUCAAAAGAAAAGGGAGGGUAGUAUGGCGAGGGUGAGGAUGUUUGGCUGGUACUUCUUCAGCCCUCCCAGUGCCAGCCGGUCAGCCUAUUAGGACCUGACUAUGAGCGCGUUCUAGACAGAGACAUGUUUUGGCAGUGUUUCCACCCCUGAGCUUGCAAUAUAUAUUGAGCCGCUGAUGCCACCACACAGCGACUGGCACACCCCGGAGCUGCUCAUCACACCCAUCCUGGUUCACUAUGGCAACUGAUCACCAGAACCCUGCAACCAAGCAAAAACAACCAGUUGCCAGUGCAUUUAAGUUGGUGAUCUACGAACAGGAAAACUUUCAAGGCCGCUGUCAUGAGCUGACUGGGCCCUGUAACAACCUCCAGGAGGCGGACAUGGAGAAAGUGGGCUCAAUACUGGUGCUCUGUGGACCGUGGGUGGGAUAUGAGCAGCCCAGUUGUAAGGGGGAACAGUAUGUGUUUGAGAAGGGUGAGUAUCCUCGCUGGGACGCCUGGACCAACAGCAGACGCAGUGACUGCAUCGCAGCCUUCCGCCCCAUCAAAGUGGACAGCCAGGAACACAAGAUCGUACUCUAUGAGAACCCAAGCUUUGCUGGGAAGAAGAUUGAGAUCGUAGAUGAUGAUGUUCCUAGCUUCCACGCUCAUGGAUACCAUGAGAAAGUCUCUUCAGUUCGUGUGCAGAGUGGCACCUGGGUGGGCUAUCAGUACCCAGGAUACAGAGGCUACCAGUAUUUGUUCGAGAAAGGAGAGUUUAAGGAGUGUUCUGAGUUUGGGGCCGUGCUGCCUCAGAUCCAGUCCGUGAGGCGCAUCCGUGACAUGCAAUAUCACCCAAAAGGGGCCUUCCAACCCUCUAACUAAAUACCCAGCACUCCCCUUCAAACCCCCAAAGCUUCUGAAACACCCCCUUCUUUCCCCAAUCUUCACUUUUGAAUGCUUAUCUUUGACCCUUUCAAUUUGUGUCAGUGAUUCCAUUUGCUACUGCUGAGAAAUAAAUAAGUGA